GCCUCUUCCUGGAGCAACUUACACAGUCCAGGCUAGGGAAGGAACGAAUCAGAAAGAAGGAUUUGAAGGAAUAUGACAUUUAUAUGUGGUGCUACUACUUGUGGAAGACAUUACAUUCUACCCAGGAGGGCUGAAAGAGGAAUUUUGUUUUUAUUCUGAAUAUGUGUGUAUACUGUUAUGCCUCUUUGGAACUCUGAGAAAGAGAGUGAGUAAUGAGGUUGCCAGUAUGUCAUUCAGGGACAUUGAUGUGGAUAUCAAAGAAUUCUUAGAUGGCAUCAACUUGGGACAAUAUGUUCCGAACUUCCAAGACUUUGGUUACAAUACUUUGCAAGACUGUGCAGGGAUAAACAACCGUGUGCUUCAACAAAUUGGAAUAUCUCCUACUGGGCACCGCAGAAGAAUUCUCAAGCAGUUGGAGGCCAAGUUUGCAAAAAUGCUGGAAAAAUCUGCAUUCGCUGAAAGCCAGAAAAUGGAAGGUGCGGAGGAGUUAGGAAAUAGCCGUUCCCAUGGACUCUGCCAUAGUUCCAACACACACCUUCUGAAUCCAAAUGAGGUUGAAGCAACUAAGUUGGCAUCUGGUGAAUGGACAAAUACGGCUUCUGGCAAGAACUGUAUGUGUGUAGGAAAUCAAGGACUUUCAGACCAUGAAUCCUUGGAAGUCGUGUCUUCAGUUUUGGGCUCUUCUAACUCAACCUGUCAGGACUUGAACUCCUCAACAGAAAUUGCUGCUGUUCCAGGGAACACACCAAAAAAUGUGAUGUCUGAAAAGAUCUCCUGUAUGGACAAUCUGCAUGACAAAGGACAGCUGGAAGCUGUUAGCUUUCAAGCAUGUGUUGCUGCCAAAGAAACAUCAUUGUCUCCUUCCUCUGCUUCCUCUGAAAUGAAGUCUAGCCAGGAUGAGUCCCUGAUGCUGGCAAGUUUGGCUGAUAGUCCACCCAAGUCUCCGUUCAUUGAGUUUAAAGGUGAAAUGGUGGACAAUGACUUGUAUAGGACUGGUGGUCAGAGUCCUACCAAAGCAGCUUCUCGAACAACACGCUCUUUCAUGCUUAGGCAUCGUCCUGUUCCAGAAAUCCCUGGCUCGUCUAUGCCUGCAGCUUCAACAAGCUCCCUACAGGAAAGAAGAAAUGUGAAUGGUUUAAGUAUCCCUUGUACUGAGAGUCAUACUAAACAAAGACGAGAUCCCGCUGAAGAAAAGCCACCUCCCAUAUCUCCAUACGGGGAAACCUUCCUAAACUGCUCAGAAGACACGGAAAUCUGUGGCACACAGGAAAAGAGCAGAGAAGAGAAAUGCAUUCAAGGGGGCAAGCUUGUGAGAAAAACAAGUGCUCUUAAUAAUAAUCAAAACCAGUCAAUCUCUGAGGAUGUAAUGAAAAGUGAAUCAGUAUCCCAAGAGGAUAAAUCUGCCCCACUAAGCAGAUUCGUUGGUGAAUCUGAAUAUUUCUCAAUGAAAGAAUGUGCUCGGUACGGACGAAGAGGAAAGUAUAAAACUACAUCAAAAAGCCUUGGUGGGUUCAGAAGUGGGCAUCUGGACCUCAGUGCUAAAGAGCAGAUGUAUGGCAGCGUUGAAGAAUUGCCCAGUAGCCCCAAAGACUCAAUCACACCCUAUGCCUGCUUUUAUGGACCAGCAACAAAGAAGGUUAAAGAAGGAUGGCUGGAUAAGCUCUCUCCUCAGGGAAAACACAUGUUUCAGAAGCGUUGGGUAAAAUUUGACGGUGACAGCAUUUCUUAUUACAAUAAUGACAAGGAAGUGUACUCCAAGGGAAUAAUCCUUCUUGCUGCUAUGUCGACAGUCCGUGUCCAUGGGGACAACAAGUUUGAAGUUGUUACGGCACACAGGAUAUUUGUCUUCAGGGCUGAAAAGGAAGAUGAAAGAAAUGACUGGAUUAGUACAAUACUCCGCGUUUUGCAUUCGCAACCUGAAAUCUCUCGAGUGCGGACCACUGUUCCUCCUGAGAAAAGUGGGUAUCUGGAACUGAAAGGAUACAAAGCCAAAAUAUUUACCUUGCUGCAAGGGCACAAUGUGUGGAUCUGCAAAAAUGACCAGGAUUUCAAGACUGGAUAUGGCAUCACUUUAAUCCCCAUGAAUGUGGCUAAUGUGAGACAAGUAGACCGGACUGCAAAACAAUCUUUUGAAAUAAUUACACCUUAUAGAAGCUUUAGCUUUACAGCAGAGUCUGAAAAAGAAAAGCAGGAGUGGAUUGAAGCAGUUCAGCAGUCCAUAGCAGAGACUCUUUCCGACUAUGAAGUAGCUGAGAAGAUCUGGUUCAAUGAAUCAAACAGGUCCUGUGCUGAUUGUAAAGCCCCUGAUCCUGACUGGGCAUCUAUCAAUCUCUGUGUCGUCAUUUGUAAGAAGUGUGCAGGGCAGCACAGAUCAUUAGGGCCCAGAGAUUCAAAGGUCCGAAGCCUGAAAAUGGAUGCCAGCAUUUGGAGCAAUGAACUCAUUGAGCUUUUUAUUGUGAUAGGUAAUAAGAGGGCAAACAGCUUUUGGGAAGGAAAUCUUCAACCAGAGGAGGAAUUGCUUAUGGAUGCUCCAACAGACAGGAGGCUAACUUUUAUCACCCAAAAAUAUAAAGAGGGAAGGUUCAGAAAAACUACUCUGCUUUAUCAACCUAAAGAAGAGUUAAAUAAGGCCCUGUGUGCAGCAGUAGUUAAGCAGGACGUAUUGGAAACAAUGAUGUUGUUGUUUAGCGGAGCUGAUGUGAUGUGUGCUACGGGAGACCCUGUAUACAGCACCCCAUACUUGUUAGCCAAGAGAUCGGGACAAAGGCUGCAGAUGGAAUUCCUCCACCACAAUAAGUUUUCAGAUUUUCCCAGCUACGAUGUUCAUUCAGACAAUGUUUCCUGUCAAGGUUCUUCCUCCUCCACCUUCCUUUGUGACUAUUUAUACAAGCUUUCCUUCAGUGCUACAAAGCUGUUUACUGAGAGAAAACUAAAAGAAGAGUGUAAUAAGAGGUGGUGUGCUCUGGAAAGUGGCUUUUUGAGCUCCUAUGAAAAUGAGAAUGCAGCCUCCCCUAACGGAAUGCUUGAUGUCAGUGAAGUCAUCUGCCUUGCCAUUCAUAAGCCCGACUCCUUCUUGCACACGGGAGUUAUAUUUACCUUUGAAAUCUACUUACUGUCAGAACGUGUGUUUCUCUUCGGUGCGGAAACUGCUCGUACUCAAAGAAAAUGGACUCGGGCAAUUGCCAAGCACUUUGUCCCCAUAGUGGCCAAAUGUCUUCUGGAGAGGGACUAUGAUGUGAUUGGCCAGCUGUACUACAAAGACUGUCAUAAUCUUGAUAACUGGAAGAAAGGCUGGUUUGCUAUAGAGAAGUCAAGCCUGUAUUUUUGCUUAGGAUCGGAAAACUCUCAAGAGGAUUCGAUGCAUCUCAGGAGGCUCCAGGAACUAACAGUCAGCAGCGUAAUUCAAAAUGGAGAAAAAAUAGAUGUUCUGCUUCUGGUUGAAAAAGGAAGAGCCUUAUAUAUCCACGGCCACACAAAGUUGGAUUUCACAGUCUGGCAUAGCGCAAUUGAAAAAGCAGCAGGUACAGAUGGCAACGUGCUAGGAGAUCAGCAGCUCAGCAAAAACGACGUCCCGAUUAUAGUGAACAGCUGUAUUGCAUUUGUUACGCAGUAUGGUUUGGGUAGCAAACGUAUCUACCUGAAUGGUGGAGACCCUUCUAAUGUGAGCAGACUUCUAGAGUGCUUCAAAAAGGAUGCAAGAAGCGUUAAGCUGAGGGCUGGAGCAAAUCAACUGGAAGACGUUACUGACACGCUGAAAUGUUUUCUGUCCGAAAUAGACGAUGCACUUCUUAUGAAAGAACUUUAUCCGUUUUGGAUCUCUGCCUUAGAUACGCUGGAUGAGAAAGAUAGAGUGAGGAAGUACGGCACUUUUAUCCGGACCCUUCCAUCAGUCAAUAGGGCAACUUUGGCAGCUUUAAUGGAACACCUUUACAGGGUACAAAAGUGUUCAGAAAUCAAUCACAUGGAUCCUCACAAUCUCGCAAUGGCAUUUGCAUCAUGCUUGUUUCAAACGAAAGGGCAAACCAGCGAAGAAGUCGAUGUAAUUGAAGACCUAAUUAUAAAUUAUGUGCAUCUCUUUGAUGUACAUGAAGAUCAAGUGAAGCAAAUGGAUAUCGAGAAUAGCUUUAUUACCAAGUGGAAGGACACUCAAGUUUCCCAGGCUGGAGACUUGUUAAUUGAAGUUUAUGUGGAAAGAAAGGAGCCAGACUGCAGCAUUAUAAUAAGGGUAUCUCCAAUGAUGGAGGCAGAGGAGUUGGCUAAGGACAUAUUGGGACUAAAAAACAUCACACCCCACAAAGAUGACGUGUGGGCUACGUUUGAAGUGAUUGAAAAUGGAGAACUGGAACGCCCUUUACAUUAUACUGAGAAUGUUCUAGAACAAAUUCUUCAUUGGAGCUCUUUGCCUAACCCUAGCAGCGCAUACCUUGUAAUAAAGAAGUUCCUGACAGUGGAUGCAAUGAAACUGUGUGAAGAGACGAAUACUAAAGGCACCGUAAAAGCCAGCUAUCUGAAAUACAAAGAAGAGCCAUCCAAAUUACUGUCUGGAAAUAAGUUUCAAGACCGUUAUUUUGUUUUGCGGGAAGGAAAUCUCCUCCUCUACAAGGAUAUGAAGAGUAACAAACCUGAGAAGGUGCUGCCAGUCAAAUCGCUGAAACUGUAUCUUGGAGUGAAGAAAAAACUGAAGCCACCAACCAAUUGGGGUCUAACGUUGUAUUCUGAAAAGCAUCACUGGUAUUUAUGUUGUGAUGGACAAGAGUCUCAGCUGGAAUGGUUGAGCAGCAUUUUUAUUGCACAGCACAGUAAUAUCUGUCCACCAGAUGGAAUAACAAGAAAGCAGUCUAUUACGAAAAAUCCCAAAAUUGGUGGCUUGCCUUUAAUACCAAUCCAACAUGAAAGAAGUACUCCAAAAGCUAAGGCCAACACAUCAGAGAAUUCAAGACUGGAAUCUGAAAGUGAAGACAAGAAGAGUUUAAAGGAAAGAGUCUCAAAGGUAGCUCAGUGUUUGGAACGCAAGGAGGAAAAAGCUCGAAGCCGUGCAAGAAAGCAUCGAAGCCUAAUCUGUUUGGAGGACACGGGUGAAGAUGUCGUUGACUUGCACCAAACACUUUACAAGGAAUCAAAGUCGCCAAAGAAAAGUGAGGACAAAGCCAGUCGGGCUCACCUGGAAUCUGACAAGCAGCUUCCGGCAAAUGUUAUUCAAGAACUCCACACAGUCUUGCAGAGGCACCGAGCCGUUCACGAAGAAACGUCAGAUUUGUAAAUCAAGGACAUGGUUGUUCUAGGAAAUGAAAUAGGUUGUCUUUUGUACAGUAUACAAACCAUCCAAUGUAUUUAUAUGUAAAUGUUGAUCUAAAAGGAAAAUGGGUGCUAUCCACUAAUCUGGGGACAAGUGUAGUGAUGGCAACAUUUGGGUAUUGUGGCUACCACACCCCUUGGUUAGAUUUAUA